AUGAGCUCUCUUGUUGGCAUGGAAAAGAUUAGGAUUCCCUCGCCGUCUGCUAUUCUAGACCCCAUCCCCGCCGCUUCUCCCGCUGGACGUUCCACAGCUUCCGUCUCCACUCGGAAUGCAGCGCCUGCGCAAACCGCUACAACGGUGACAACUAACAAGCCUAAACAGUCAAAGAGCCGUAAUGGUUGUAUCACCUGCAAGGCGAAGCGACUGAAAUGCGACGAGUCGAAACCAACAUGCUUCCAGUGCAAGAAGCGCAAUGUGGAAUGUGGUGGAUACAAAAAGGACUUCAAAUGGCGCUCAUUUGGGGAAAGUAAUGUCCCUGGAAGAAGCACCGGCCCAAAAGUAAAGAAAGGAAGCCCGUCUCCGCCCGCUCGUAAUGGGGCAUCACAUAGCCGGAGGAUGAGUGAGAGCCAACUUCUUGGAAUGGAUGAUGGUGGCUCCUUUCGUUCCCAGCGGAGCGCACCAAGAGAUAUUGCUUCCAGAAGAUCAAGUCAGUCACCGGCGAAGAUGGAUCUGGGGCUUUCACUAGAUCAUAUUCUAGGCUAUUCAGGCUCAGGAAGCUUUAGUGAUGACCUCUUUACCUCGUCAUUUGCGGAAAUGACACCGUCAGAGCAGUCGCCAUGGUUGUCAAAUCUUCUUUCUCCAGGUCCUAGCCAUGACGGUAGUAUCACCCAGAGUUUGCUAGAAGGCGCUCAGGGAAAUGAUGAAUUCAGCUUUGAAGCCCUCCUAGAAGGAGAUGGUGAUGACAUCGAGGAGAUUAUACGGCAGCCUGACCGAGGCGCGAGAAUCAGAAACCUCAGUUUUCCAGCACCCUACGACUCCCAACAUACUGAACCAAAUAUCAUGCCUUCAGGACUACUUGGGGAGCCAGCUUUUACUCUCGCAAACCCAGAAAUGCUUGUCCUGCAUUUUGAUAGGUCUACUUGUGGAAUUCUGUCCGUCAAAGAUGGCGUCCAUGAGAACCCAUGGCGCACUCUAGUUUGGCCGUUGGCUAAAGAUACCCCAGCUCUGUAUCAUGCAAUAUUUGCGCUGGCUGCUUUCCAUGCUAGCAAAGACAACCCAUCGUUGAGAGUUCAUGGAGUUGAUCAUAUGAGAAAGAGUAUUACUUGCAUGGUGCGAGACAUACAAAGUAUGAGGUCGGACGCUGCUUUAGCUACAAGCCUCGCUCUUGCUUUUGCUGAUACCUGGGACCAACACACUCGUUCUUGCAUACAACAUCUCCGUGGAGCAAAGGCGUUGGUUUCUCAAGUUGUGACACUCGGAAUGCAGGGCGAACUUCAAGGGAACGAUCUCAGAAGAGUGCGUUUCUUGUAUAACACCUGGUUAUACAUGGAUGUCAUUGCCCGCCUGACUUCUCGUGAAGAACACGGAGAGGAAGAGAUGGAAGUUCCUUCUUUCCCAUUUUCAGAGAAUACAGUACAUGAAAUUGAUCCUUUGAUGGGAUGUGCUGCAACGCUCUUCCCACUGAUUAAACAAGUUGCCCGAUUGAUCCAACGUGUCCGCAAAACUGAGUCGAACUCUAUAUCCCUUAUUUCCCAGGCAAUUGAACUCAAACAAUUGGUGGAGCGAUGGGAACCACCAGAUUGGUUCGAGCCCCCAGAGGAUCCUACCUCCGAAGUCCAACAUAGUAUUCAGACCGCCCAUGCUUAUCGCUGGGCCACUAUAUUGUAUCUUCAUCAAGCUGUCCCUGAGAUGCCUUCAGAACCAACCUCGGAACUGGCUAAACGAGUCUUGAUUCUUUUAGCCACCGUACCGCCUAGCUCGCGCACAACAAUAAUCCAGAUGUUUCCGCUUUUGGUCGCUGGAUGUGAGGCCGAGCAGGAGGAGGACCGGGGUUGGGUGCUUAAUCGAUGGAGCGCAAUUCAGUCUCGGCUGAUGUUGGGCUCUAUUGACCGAUGUAUUGAAGUCGUCCGUGAAGUCUGGGCCCGCCGAGAUGCGAGUGCAGCUAAAAAACAGGAGCAACAACUGCAACAAAACCUGGGGGCUAGCCGUUCUCGUAGCGCUGCAGGACAACCUCCGGGAAAUAAUAGAGUAUUCUACACCGGCCAAGCUUCACGUCGAAGCUCUGCGCUGUCACCUUUGGAGAACAUAGAGUUCGAGAAAACGGUACGGGGGAAGUCACAUUGGGUUCAUGUAAUGCAAGAAUGGAAUUGGGAAGGUACGUCUUUGUAUGCCUUUCGGAAUGCUAAUUUUCUAGGCUAA